CCCUUUUGCCAAUAGCUGUUAUGUUUAUAAUUUUAAUUAUUGGAAUUUUUUACUGUCCAGGUCCAAACUUUAUAUUGCAGACUGUAACAAGCACUCCUCUUAGUUCAGAAUUACCCUCGCUAGGAUCAUCGCAAGAUGUUACAGGAAAAGAUACUACCGUACGAAUUGAAAAUCCCUACUUGGAUAUUUUGCAGAACCCCAAUAGAACAAAGCCUCACAAAAACUUAAAACAAAAUAUUUUCGACCGAAUGCUGUUUGAAGAAAUGUUGUCAAUUACUCGUAAAGAACUUUCUAACCGAAAAAACACUACCAACUUAUUAAUGCCAACUGUUUCCAACAAAAUUUUCAACACUUCUACUUUAGAAAUUAAAAAGAAGUGGCCAGCCGGGAUGAAUAAGAAAGGCCAAGUAAUCGUCAAUGUAAGAAAGUUGAACACGGAACCAAGCAUUAAGAUGCUGGAUCAGCGCAGCGUGAGUCCGAAGCGCUGUAGCUGCAUGAAGACUCCCUCCACGCCCCCCAGCCACCAGUGCACGAGCCACGACCACCAGGAGUGUUCCAGAGGACCUCUCACUUCAUCUACACCUCCCAUCACUCCACUCCUCGCGAGUCCAGACCAGCCGCUCCAGUCAAACCCCUCACUCGACUCUCCCAAGUUCAUUUACCCGGCCAAUGGCAUGUACUCCUACUAUCCCUAUAAUGUCUACGGACAGUAUAACACGCCUUAUCCCAUGAAUUAUGUACCUGUUACUUACCACAUGUUCACCAUGACACCACCGCCGUCAUAUAGUUCAGUUACUGAGAAAAAGAAGAAGCAUAAGAGGCCGUCUGAAGUCUUUUAUGAGGAUGAUUACGAUGAUGACAAAGAAAACGAUUAUCCUCAUCCGGAUAGUGACGAUCAAUGCGUUUACUAA